ACAGCACCCAGACGUUGCUUGGCAUUGCCCAAGCCAAACACCCAAGCAUUGUCUGGCAUCGUCCAGGCCAUCAGCGCCCAAGCUAGCAUCGCCCAGACAAGCACCUUGCAUGGCAUCGCCCAUGCCAGCACCCACAGCACUGUCUCUACUGGUGCAAGGCAUCGUCAUCCUCUCCAUUGGCGCCCUCUUCUCCUCUGUCCAAGGCGUCACCCAAGCCCAAGCAUUGACUAGCGUCGCCCAGGCCGAGGCCAGCACAGUCACCACUCACAGGUGCAUUCCCCCUCCUGUUUUUGCUAGAACUCCAUCUCCUCCAACCGUAGAAGGGGCACUGCCUAGGACAAAAUAG